GGGAGGGGGUCCCCUCCUGGUCCCUCCUCUAGGGGCAGCCGGGCGCAGGGAGGGGCUGCACGUCCAGAGCCCGCCUGUGGCCUCCCCUGCCCCGGAGUGUGGGGUCCCCCACCUCUGCUCCCCCUCUGGUCGAGGGUCCCCGCACACCGCCUCCCCCGCCCCUCCCCUGCACCCGUGACUGCGGGCCCAGCGCCCCGUCUGACGUGCACCUGGGGUUUGGGGCCGUGCGGAGUGGCGUGGGUGCUGGCAGCCCGGGCUCCACACUGUGUUCCUGCAGCGAGGACGCUGUGACCCUGAGCCGGGGGACUGAGCAGGGACAGGCUUCCUGUCUGGGGCGUGCUGCCUCCUCCAGGCGGCUGGGCAGGGGCUGCGGGCUCACUCGGAAGGGGGGGCGUGGGGGUGCAGAGUAGGGGGGCAGUCUCGGGGAUCAGAAGGCAAAGACCAGGAACCCAGUCAGCACCCCUUCCCCCACUCCCUGGCCGCCCACCCCAGGCGGGGACCCAGUUGCCGCCUCCUUGGUGUGCAAGGUCUGAGGAAGGCCCUGCCUUGUGCAGCCCCCACCCCCCAGCCCCUGCACCCGGUGUCCCUUCUGCCAGUCCCUAGCAGAGAGGCGGAGCCGCCAGCCCCAGGGCGGGCACUGCGGGAGGGCGGCCCAUAAAGAGGCGGGUUGAGUGGGCAGCGUGCGGAGUGGUGGGUAUGGGGCUGCUGGGCGCGUCGGGCGCGGCCCUCACCCUGCUGGCGGCCCUAGCGGGCCGGUCCUGGUGGCUCCCGAGGGCCGGCGCCCAGGUCUUGAAGAGCUUCCAGGAGGACCAGUUCCAGGGCCACUGGUUCGUCCUGGGGCUGGCGGGCAACUCCAACAGCAGGGCGGACAGGUCCCUCCUGAGCCCUUUCACGGCCACGUUCGAGCGAAGCGGGAAGCGUGACCUUGAAGUGUCCUACGCCAUGAACCGGGGUACCCGCUGCAUCACCUGGUCUUACCUGCUGACCCCCAUGACCCAGCCCGGGCAGUUCUCCGUGGACAAUGGCAGGGAGCCCGGGGCCCCAGUCGAGGAGCUGCAGGUGCAUGACACGGACUACACCAACUUCGCCCUGAUGGUGUCCAAGCGGCAGUCCGGCAGCCGGAGCAUCCUCAGGGUCUACCUGCUGUGCAGAAUGUGGGCGGUGGAGGCCAAGGCCCUGGAAGGGUUCGCCUGCCUGCUCAAAGCCCAGGGCCUCUCGGAGGACAACGUGGUCUUUCCAGACUCAGCAGACUGGUCAUCCCACCUGAGUUCGUGCUGACGGAAGGAGUGGCCCCAGCCAGGCCCCGUCACUGCCCGGCACUCGCCCUCAGCGGGGGUCACAGGGCCCCACCCACCAUGAGUGACCUCAGUGGCCGUGGACCAUUUCCUCCCGGCGUGGCCUGGGCCCCAGGGCAGCAGAGGACACCCGUCUCCUGGGAGGACCGCCGCCGGAGGGCUCGCGGUGACCGCUGGCCCUGCACUGCGGGCACUGGGUGGCCGUGUCCCACCGCGCCUCCUGGCCGCCUCCUUAGGGCUGAAU